CCCCUUUGGAGCUAAUAUCGUCAUCGGACCCCUGCAGCACGAAUUAUGCCGUUAUCGUCGUCGCCCUCCCCGGGGGCAUUUUUAGGGGACUAACUGCCGACCUCGGGCCCACGAGUCGGACUAGGAUGGCUGACUUUUCUUCGAUCCGCGCGAGGAACUCCACCUGGGGCUGGGCAUUUAAUCACGACGGUUGCUGCCCCUGCUGGGUGACUAAAUUUCUUCCCAACUUCAUUACCAACAGUGACCAUCUGACUGCAUAAUCACCCUCUGGUGAUCUUUCCAAGCAUGGCUCCAACGGUCGAAGUUGCACCCAGCCACGGGCCGGAGGACGGCGGUCAAGUCGCGCCGCCAAAGCCCAGGUCGCGAUGGGCACGCGUGUAUCGCAGCCCGUUGUUCAAUGUUAUCGUCGUUGGCCUCAUCUCUUUUACCCAGCCGGGCAUCUGGAACGCCUUGAAUAACACCGGUGCUGGUGGACAGCAGGAGCCGUACCUCGUGAAUGGCGCCAACUCGUUGACGUUUGGCAUCAUGGCAUUUGGGUGCUCUAUCUUCUCCGUUGUCGCAAACAAGAUUGGUCUGGUGCCGGUCCUCAUCAUUGGUACCCUGGGAUACGCUCCAUACUCGGCUUCGCUGUACGUCAACAACCGUUACGGGGUGGAGUGGUUCGUGCUCUUUGGUGGUGUGACGUGCGGGAUUGCAGCCUCGGCCCUCUGGGCGUCUGAGGGCGCAAUUGCGCUUGGGUACGGCGGCAUCAAGGAUCGGGGCAAGUACACCGGCAUCUGGCUGGGACUGCGCGAGCUCGGACAGCUUAUCGGAUCCUCGAUCCAGCUGUCGCUCAACACCACCAACGAGCAGCGCGGCAAAGUCGGCUACGAGACGUACCUGAUUCUCAUCGCCCUGCAGUGCCUGGGCCUGCCGCUGGCCCUGCUCGUCUCGCCGCCGCACAAGGUCAUCCGCUCUGACGGCGUGCCUGUGCCGGACCCCACGAAGAAGAAGGCCAUCUUGGGCGAGACCAAGAAAAUGUGGAAGCUGCUCUGCUCCAAGCAGUUCUUCCUGCUUAUCCCCGUUCUUGUCGGCUUCAACUGGAAUGGCACGUACCUCGGCAUCUACAUGACCAAAUACUUCUCAGUACGCGCCAGGACCCUAGGCGCCCUGACCUCUGGCAUAGCCGCCACCAUCGCCAACAUCUUUUGGGGCUGGUUCCUUGACCAGAGGCGCUGGAGCCGGCCCACGCUCGCAAAGGGGACCUGGGCCUUCUUCUCCGUGUUCAUGCUGGCCUUGCUGAGUUGGCAAGUCUCCAACGAGAAGCUGUACUCGGAGGCGGUCCCCAAGAUCACCAUUGACUGGAGCAGUCCCGAGUUCGGGCGGGCCUUUGCCGUCCAGAUGCUGCUGCGCUUCAUGAACGAGUCGCACUACAUGUUCGUCUACUGGCUCGUGGGCGCCUUCUUCGACGACCUCGAGACCCUGACGCUCGCCAUCGGCUUGCUGCGCUCCUUUGAGUCGAUCGGCUCCUGCGUCUCAUUCGGCAUCGGCGCGGCCAAAGUGGCGCCCAUGGUCAACCUCAUCAUCGCCUUUGUCACGUUCUCCAUCACCAUCCCCACCACCACCGCUGCUGUCUUCUUGGUCCCGGAGCAUCCCGUCGACGCUACUGCAGUUGCUGCCGAGGCCGCCGCCGUGAACAAGGCUGGAGACGGCGACGUUGAGUCGACCGACGACACGGCUCUUGCUCAGCCGAUCCAGCUCGCCAAGACCUUGAGCUUGGCCGACGGUACCAAGCAAGUCUAGCAUGGCCGCGCCAGAACUAGUAUCACGCGAAGCUUUUAGGGACUAAUGAGGACCCACACAUCUAGAUAG